AUGGCUCCGAUUGUUGCAGACGAAGUAGAAGUGAUCGUGCAACACGACUGGUUUCAAAGUAUAAGCACUCCUCCGCACAAAUUCUUCGUUGGAAUGCGUCAAUCGGAAACAAAAACGACCUUUUUCGAUGCGAUUGUUAGCCCCAAAGAUGGGAGCAUCGAGGUUGAACGCACAGAUCGAAUUGCAGCACAUGUGAAAGGGAGGUCCUUGCAAGUUUUUCUCAACACUGGUGAGAGUACCUACUUUGUUGCACCCCUGAUCGAGUUUGGGGUCAUUCAUAAAGCCUCGAUACAAACAGUCGAUGUCACCCCCAGUGGCAGCAUGAUGCUCACCUCAGAUGCAAAUGGAAUACUUCGCGUAUCUAGCACAACGGAUGGGCGUCUACUUCGAGAACUAGAAGGGCAUUCGUUACACUUGUCUUCGGCAAAAGUCUUCCCAUCAGGAUUGGUUGUGUUGGCUGGCGGAGGGGAUCUGCAAUUGCGAGUUUGGAGUAUUGAAACUGCUGAAAUCGCCAGAACAUUAAAAGGACAUCGAAUGGCAAUAACAGAUGCACAAAUAAUUGGAAUCGGAAAAGAUGUCAUUUCGUGCUCGAGAGAUGGAACUGGAAAAAGAUGGAACUGUGGACGUGGAGAGUGUGACAUAACUUGGAGUCCUGAUGCCGGAGAGUGUAACUCAAUAGCGUUAUCACCAGAUGCAAUGAAAGUAGCUAUCGCUUGCUCACUCAACAAAAUUGCAAUUUACCCAAUCGACGGUGAUGUAAUGUUAACUUCAAUUUCUGUCCCCGGAUCUCCAUCUUCACUCGCCUUUUCUCCUUGUGGAUCUCGUUUAGCCUGUGGAGAUGAAAACGGCGCUGUUUAUGUUUUUGAUCCACACUCUGGGCAACUAAUUCUUCACUUACGAACAAAACGUGGACGUGUGGAAAAAGUAGCUUGGCGACCCGAAGGAAUUUUUGUGGCAUAUCACAAUGGAACAAUUGCCGUUUACGAUGCCGAUGAUUUUAAGCCUUAUCCGAAGUUCGAGCUGAGCGGUGGCGAUUGUGAUCCAAUUUACGACUUCUGCUUUCACAACGAUGAGCGGAUGUUAGCACAGACGCUGCUACGUGUGCGUUUCCCGAUUGCACAAGCGAUACGAGGAAAACGAAACAAAUUUAAGCCAAAGAUCGCAAAAACUCGUCCUGAAAGAACUCCUUCUGUGUGUGCCCUCGACCAUUUCGACUUUUAUUACAAACCUUUCUUCGGGAAAAGUUCAUGGGAAUCCAAUGUUGCGUUAUUACAAGAAGAAGGAACUUUCGAUUUAUUGAAGAAAGUUCAAGAUGGAACCGCCGAUAAGAAUACAACAAAAAAAAUGAAAAAGAUGAAUGAAUUAGCGAAAGAAGAGACGCAAAAAAUAUUUGCUGAAAUGGACGGGGGUGCCAGUACAUCCAAUUUGUUAAAAACGGCUGAAGAAUUGGACAUGAUGCGAACAGAAGCUGGAAUGGGAGAAUUUAAUCCGACAAGGGGGGAACUUUCACAAGGAGAACGUCAUUUUGGAAACACUAAACUCAAGAAAGAGCAGAAAGAGCUACAAAUCACCGGUUACGAGGGAGAAGGAAUCAGAUUACCGUCUCGGCCUCAUUUCAUCUCAUAUCCGAAAAAUCUACGAAUACAAGUGAUGCAGAGGUGCGACAUUUCUCGAUAUCCGCCACCGAUGAGAGAUGAAAGUCAAGUACCAGGAUGGUGGUUACUCGAUGGUGGAUCGGUCGUCCCAAUCUUAGCAAUGGGAUUUGAAGAAGGAGAUACAUUCAUGGAUAUGUGUGCAGCACCUGGGGGCAAAAGUCUACUCGCAUUAUUGACGAAGCUUCCUAAAAAAAUAAUCUGCAAUGACUACAAGUUGGCGCGUCUCGGAGAUUUGAAAAGAUCCUUGUCAAUAUAUGUGCCCGCUGAAUGCCCUGAUGCGGAAAAAAUCAUUUUAAAAAGAAAAGAUGCAAGCAAUUUGGCACAGUGGGACGAAUUCAAUGUAUACGAUAAGGUAUUGGCCGAUGUCCCUUGUUUGAGCGAUCGUCUAUCGGUGGGCCAAGAUGAGGGAAAUCUCUUCGAAUUGCAACACACGCAGAAGCGAUUAGAUCUUCCACAACUGCAAACAAAAAUCUUAAUAAAUGCACUGAGAUCAGCUCGAGUGGGUGGAUCAGUGGUUUACUCAACUUGCACAUUGUCUCCCUCGCAAAAUGAAGCGGUUAUCGAGAAUGCUGUGGCCAUUGCCGAGCAACAAUUUGGCAUCAAGGUUGUCGAAGAAUCAUUGUCGUUGUUAAAAAAUCAUCUUGCUGCUACAGGUCUUUAUAGAUUCAAUGAUGAAACUCAACGUGGGAUUCUCGUCUUACCCUUUCUACCAUCUAAUUUUGGACCUAUGUAUGUUUGUAAAUUACAUCGUUUAAAG